CACAACACCCCACACGCAACUUUCUCAUUAAGCUGACUAGUGAGUGGACCAAACUUUUUAUUGGUACAACCUUGUUGACUCUUCUCGGGGAAGAAUAUACCCAACAUAUUCUCUGAAGCGAAUUCAUAUAACAACAAUAUAUAACAAUGGUUUUAGGAUUUUUCCUUACCAAUAAGAAGCAAAGGAGUGAUAAUUUUACUUCUCUUCCUGAAGGAGGUUCAUCUUACUCGCUCAUGUCCAAAACCAUCCAUCGUAUUGAUGAUGAUAUUGUGAUUGGUCAACAUUUAGGGCUUGAAGACUUGGAUUUACAUUCAGAGAAUCGAAAGAGUUCUCAUUCCAUCCGAUAUUCAAAAUCAACUCAUGAUCUCAAACCAAUCAAAUUGAGUAAUCCAAACAAAUGGUUUGAAGUGAUUGAUUUACUUAAGGAUACUAUUUUCGAGUAUGUCCCAUUAAUGGAUUUGAGUAAUCGAGUGGCCAAAUCAUGUUUUCAACUCAAAUCAAUGGUUACAAAUUUUGUGGGAAGUAGACAAGCUCAGUGGUGGGCACAACAAUGGUUGUGGACAUACUUUUCCAAUCCACACGAUUCUAUUUUCUAUACGAGGUCAUUAUUUUCAUAUGGUGUUCCAUUGAGUUCGUGUCCAUCACCGAGUCCAUUAAGUAAUUCUUCUAGUAGCAGUAGUAUAAUGACUAGUUUCUCAACACCAGCCCACGAUCGUCCUCGAAUCAUUAAUGGAAGACUGAAGAGAAGAAACAAACACAAGAGAAAUGAACCAUCUAUGGUUCCAGAUAGAGUAUUAAUUGGUUUUGUAGAUCAACACACAGAGGGCAGCUGUAAAUAUAAAUCCUUCCAUGCCUUCAAGGUUUCGUUUGAGCAAAUUAUUGACAUGUACGAGAGUAAAUUGAGAAAGAAUGAAUAUAAGGCAAAUCAAGCAGAAGUUAGAUUGGAGAAGGAUCCAAUUUUGUAUGAAGUUUUACAAUCGAAUCACACUGAUUCAACUUCAUUCGUUUCGAGUGCAACAAAAUUAUUCUCCAUAAAGGGAAUACUAGGUGAUUUGAUAAAAUCAUUGAGAUAUAGUGCAAGUGGAAGAGCAGGAGUGGCAAAUGGCGAGUUUAUUAAGGAAAUUAACAGACAAUUGAGUAAUGCUUUUGAGCAAGAGGGAGACUACAGAAAGACGAGAGUGCAACCUCUUCCAGCUCCAAUUUUCAAACACUUUAGAGAGCAGUUCAUCACCUUCUUGAAAGCCUUAAUUUAUGGUUGGUGGCCGUUGUGUUAUUCUGGUCAGCUGGUCAUCAAGAGGGCCAAGUUUGUCAAGAGAGUUGUUUCUAAAGGAGUUGAUAUUUCAAUGCCCCUAUUUUCAACCAAUAUUGUAAAGAUAGUAUCCAUCGUCUAUGAAUCAAAGGAUAAGGACCCAAUAACUCUGUUCUCUUUUGUGUAUGAAAAGGAGGUUCAAAACUAGAGAGCUGCUUAUAUAUUUUCAGAGUCCUUGUUCUUUACACAAUUUUACUGUAUAAUAAACACAUAACCAGAUUCACUUUUGG